CCGAGGCUGUAGCCGUCGUCGUCUGAGAGCGGGGACGCGGGGCGCGCUGUCGGGCGGGGGCGAGGUUCGGGCCGGUUGUGCCGUUGCGAGACUGCUGCUGUAGUCGCUUCGGCGGGUCCAGAAUUCUACCGACUGUAAAUUGGAGAAGCCAGUGGUGCUGCUGGUGCUUUUCAGAGGCAGUUCAAGUUGAAUUAUUAAUUCUACUAAGACACAGUUUAGCAUGAAUUUUCUGAGACUGGCUACUUGAUGUUCCAGUUUGUCAUAUCAAGAAAUACCAAGGGUGGAAAAGGAAGAACAGACUGACUUUUGGGAUUGAACCACUGUGAAUAACAACUUGGUUCAAUGUCAGUAUUGUGACAGGUGUUAUUGAACAUCGACCCUCUCUUCCAAGAUGUCAAAAACAAACAAAUCCAAGUCUGGGUCUCGCUCUUCUCGCUCAAGAUCUGCAUCCAGAUCUCGGUCUCGAUCGUUUUCCAAGUCUCGGUCCCGAAGUCGAUCUGUCUCCCGAUCAAGGAAGCGCAGGCUGAGUUCUAGGUCUCGUUCCAGAUCAUAUUCUCCAGCUCAUAACAGAGAAAGGAAUCACCCCCGAGUGUAUCAGAAUCGAGAUUUCCGAGGCCACAACAGAGGCUACAGAAGGCCCUAUUAUUUCCGUGGGCGAAACCGAGGCUUUUAUCCAUGGGGCCAAUAUAACCGAGGUGGCUAUGGAAACUACCGGUCCAAUUGGCAGAACUACCGGCAAGCAUACAGCCCUCGUCGGGGCCGUUCCAGAUCCCGAUCCCCAAAGAGAAGGUCCCCUUCACCACGGUCCAGAAGCCAUUCUAGGAACUCUGAUAAGUCAUCCUCUGACCGGUCAAGACGCUCCUCAUCGUCCCGCUCAUCCUCCAACCACAGCAGAGUUGAGUCAUCUAAGCGCAAGGCUACAAAAGAGAAAAAGUCCUCUUCCAAGGAUAGCAGGCCAUCUCAGGCAGCCGGUGAUAACCAGGGAGAUGAGGCCAAGGAGCAGACAUUUUCUGGAGGUGCCUCUCAAGAUAUAAAAGGGUCUGAGAGCUUAAAGCCAUGGCCAGAUGCUACCACGUAUAGCACUGGUUCUGCAUCACGGGCCUCCGUUUCUGAUCUGAGUCCCCGGGAGAGAAGCCCAGCUCUCAAAAGCCCCCUCCAGUCUGUGGUGGUUAGGCGAAGGUCACCGCGCCCUAGCCCUGUGCCAAAACCUAGUCCUCCACUUUCUAAUACAUCCCAGAUGGGCUCAUCUAUGUCAGGUGGUGCUGGAUAUCAGUCUGGAACUCACCAAGGUCAGUUUGACCAUGGCUCUGGGUCUCUGAGUCCAUCUAAAAAGAGUCCUGUGGGUAAGAGUCCUCCAGCCACUGGCUCUGCGUAUGGUUCAUCUCAGAAAGAGGAGAGCGCUGCUUCGGGAGGAGCAGCAUACACAAAAAGGUAUCUGGAAGAGCAGAAAACAGACAAUGGGAAAGAUAAGGAGCAGAAACAAACAAAUACUGAUAAAGAGAAGCUUAAAGAGAAGGGGAGCUUCUCUGAUGCUGAUGUAAAAAUGAAAUCUGAUCCAUUUGCUCCCAAGACGGACACUGAGAAGCCCUUCCGAGGCAGCCAGUCACCCAAAAGGUAUAAGCUCCGUGAUGACUUUGAGAAAAAGAUGGCUGACUUCCACAAGGAGGAGAUGGAUGAGCAAGAUAAGGACAAAAGUAAGGGAAGGAAGGAACCUGAGUUUGAUGAUGAGCCCAAAUUUAUGUCUAAAGUCAUAGCCGGUGCAAGCAAAAACCAGGAGGAAGAGAAGUCAGGCAAGUGGGAGAGCCUGGUGCAUACUGGGAAGGAGAAGCAGAGGAAAGCGGAGGAGAUGGAGGAGGAGCCUUUCACAGAGAGAUCCAGAAAGGAGGAGCGUGGAGGGGCCAAGAGGAGUGAAGGUGGGCACAGGGGCUUUGUGCCAGAAAAGAAUUUCCGAGUGACUGCGUACAAGGCGGUCCAGGAGAAAAAUUCAUCACCUCCCCCAAGGAAGACCUCUGAGAGCCGAGACAAGCUGGGAAGCAAAGGAGACUUUUCCUCAGGGAAGUCUUCCUUUUCCAUUACUCGGGAGGCCCAGGUCAAUGUCCGGAUGGACUCCUUUGAUGAGGACCUUGCACGACCCAGUGGCUUAUUGGCUCAGGAAAGAAAGCUUUGUCGGGAUCUAGUCCAUAGCAAUAAAAAGGAACAGGAAUUUCGUUCCAUUUUCCAGCAUAUACAGUCAGCUCAGUCUCAGCGUAGCCCCUCAGAAUUGUUUGCUCAGCACAUAGUGACCAUUGUUCAUCAUGUUAAAGAACAUCACUUUGGAUCCUCUGGAAUGACAUUGCAUGAACGCUUUACUAAAUACCUAAAAAGAGGAAAUGAACAAGAAGCAGCUAAAAAUAAGAAAAGCCCAGAGAUACACAGGAGGAUAGACAUUUCCCCCAGUACAUUCAGAAAACAUGGUUUGACUCACGAGGAAAUGAAAAGUCCCCGGGAACCUGGCUACAAGGCUGAAGGCAAAUACAAAGAUGAUCCUGUUGAUCUCCGCCUUGAUAUUGAGCGUCGUAAAAAACAUAAGGAGAGAGAUCUUAAGCGAGGUAAAUCAAGAGAGUCGGUGGAUUCCCGAGACUCUAGCCACUCGAGAGAAAGGUCAACUGAGAAAACAGAGAAAACUCACAAAGGAUCAAAGAAACAAAAGAAGCACCGAAGAGCAAGAGACCGGUCUAGGUCCUCCUCUUCUUCCUCCCAGUCGUCUCACUCCUACAAAGCUGAGGAGUACCCCGAGGAAGCAGAGGAGAGGGAGGAGAGUACCACGGGUUUUGACAAAUCCAGACUGGGGACCAAAGACUUCGUGGGUCCAAAUGAAAGAGGCGGCAGAGCUCGGGGAACCUUUCAAUUUCGAGCAAGAGGGAGAGGUUGGGGCAGAGGAAACUAUUCUGGCAACAAUAACAACAACAGCAACAAUGAUUUUCAAAAGAGAAACCGGGAAGAGGAAUGGGAUCCAGAGUACACACCCAAAAGCAAGAAGUAUUACUUGCAUGAUGACCGGGAAGGCGAAGGCAGUGACAAGUGGAUGAGCCGUGGCCGUGGCCGAGGAGCCUUCCCCCGAGGUCGGGGCCGUUUCAUGUUCCGGAAAUCCAGUACCAGUCCCAAAUGGGCCCACGACAAAUUCAGUGGAGAGGAAGGAGAAAUUGAAGAUGAUGAGAGUGGGACAGAGAACAGAGAAGAGAAGGACAGUUUACAGCCCACAGCUGAAUAAGGGCCACUGUUGAUGGAGCCCUUGCCCAGGGGAGAAAGGCACUGGGAGAGGCUGGUGGAAACAGGGAGCCUCAAGAAGAUCCUGCAAAUCCCACCCCACAACCCACCAGCUACACAGAACCGUACAACAGCAGAGUACACAUCCCUGGUGCUGUCCACUGGACAGAGGACGCUGGCCACAGAGCCUAGGAUCAGGCCCAUGUUUUAAGCAGACCGAAACACACUGGGCUCCCGCUGUUUGUUGUUUGUUGUUGGUGUGGGGUGGGGGCAGGGUAGGGAGAAUGAUGCUGAUGCUUGGAUUUGUUCUUUUGUUUUUUUUUUUUCUUUUUUCUUUUUUUUUUUCCCCCCCUAUUAGAAACCAAGUUUCCUUCAUUUGGAGCUAAGAGAAUGAACUUGGUUUUCAGCCUUUUCCUGUCCUGAUUUUUAAAAAGCCCUUAUAUUUUUCUUUGCUUUUUCUUUUUCUUUUUUUUCCUUUUUAAUGGAUAUGUAGUAAUAUUAGCAGAAAGAUUUAAUUUGGGAACUUUGAUUCUUGAAAGAAAACAAAGCAUGUGAAUAAACAUUGAAGUGUUCGCCUCAGUUUGGGACCAAACUGCUUGGAUCUUUGUAGAAACUUGUUUUGUAUGUCACGGAGGAGUUUAAGGCCUUUCUGACCACCUGUGUCCCCUUCCUGCACAGCCAUGUGUCACGUGGAGUUGCUCCCAGCCUCCCCAUGCACCCUGCGCUUGUCUGAUUUCUCCCGGGCUGGGCUUCCCAUCUUCCACCAGCAGCUCCAGUAUCCUAAACUUUGUAGCUCUGCUGGUCCUCAGCAGAAGGAGUGGAAACUGGAGGGCAGUUUCUGGUCUGUUUUCUAAGAGACUUCUGAAUUCUAUUAUCUUUACAAAUAGAAGAUGAGAAAAUAAUUUUUCAAUAUUUUUUAUUGAUCUUUUUAUAAAAUGAAAAGAAACUCCUAUGAUCGAUUAAGGAUGGCGGUUAUGGCUGGGUGGUUUGUGGGGUUGUGUGUUUUUGGUUUUUUUUAACCUUACGUUUUGAGUUGAAACAUUUUCAGAUGUUUGGGGGGCAUUCUCAUAAAGGGGUCCUUGUGCUUGCUGCCUUCCAGGGAGGGGUUCCCGAGCAGGUGAACCACGCCAUCCGUUGCAUAUGUUCCACGCCGACUGCACCCUCCUCUUCCCCCAGCCUUUGCUCUUGGGUUGUUGCUACUUCCCCUUACUUUGCUAAUUUUAUAGUUAAGUUGGUUUUACUUGAAUGAUUCAUGUUUAGGGAAGAAAAGAAAAACACCCUUAAGUUUUUGUUUCAACUCCUCCUGCAAAUAAAAACAAUAAAUGAAGUGACAGAUGUAAA